CUUUCUUUGAACUUUAUCAUCAUUGUUUGGCUGUAGUCACUGCCCUAAGAAUGAUCUCUAAUAAGGAAAAGUCACUUAGCGGGAAAUACCUUUAAAGGAAUGUCUCACAGAUUUUAUGAAAUAUUCCAUAUUUCUUUACCUUCCCUUCAAGUAAAACAGGCCUGUUUGAUGCCCACUUGAAGGCCUUCUGUUGCCAGGCUUGUGGUUAUUUAAACUUCUCAUUAAGCCCUCCACUGGAGAUUGUGCCGGAUGGGAGAGAAGAUGAAAAGGAAAUGAAUUGUUAGCGCCCCUGGGAAACAAUUCAGAGACUGAAGCUAUUCGGGAAAUUCUUUGGGGUUGUGUUUUAUGGCAUCCAUCUCUGAGCUGUCCCUGAGUGUCAUCAGUUCAGAGUUCCCAUCUGUUGGAUAAGCAAGAAUCUUGCCCCCUCCCUUUUUCUCUAGAUUUUUGCAGAGAUGAUUCUCUGCAAAUGUUUACAAGCAACGUGUACAGAUCAAUUUUAAAUCGGUCAACUUUAUAUUUCCUUUUUUACUUUAUUAGUGAACAAUUUAUUGUUGUUUUAGGUGGUUUAGUUAUUUUAGAAGUGACUAGUAUUUUAUUUUGAUGUAGCUUACAUAUAACUGUAAGGCCUUAGGUUGUUUUUUAAGAAACCUGAGCUUGUCCUAACAGUGGCAGUGGUGCCUUUAAUCCUAGCAUUCAGGAGGUAGAGGCAGGCGAUCUCUGAGUGCUGAGUUUGAAGCCAGCCUGGUCUUCAAAGCUAGUUCCAAAACAGCUAAGGCUAUACAGAGAAACCCUAUAUUGAAAAACAACAACAACAAAAAGGAAAUCUGGGCUUGGCUCAUAGCGCUAGCUUGAUAGUAAAUGUGCACAUUAUCGCAUGUGUGCACCCAGCUCCCAGCUCACACACAAAUAAAUAAAAAUUAAAAAAAAAAAGUGCAUUCCCAUGAUUACUUUCCUAAAUUGUUAAGCUUGAGGUUCGUUAUAUGUUUGUAGCCAGCCCUUGGCUUUUGCUGUGGAAGAGAUUCAGAAACAUCUGAUUUUUGUGUGUGUGUGUGUUUUAAUACUGCACAAGAAGUUGUCUUGUUUUGAUUUAGACAGGAAGAUAUAAACAUGAAAGGUUUAUACCUGGCUUAAGAGUGGUGACACUGGUGUCUGAUUUUUUCCUUGUGCUUUGGGCCUCCAUUCUUCAUUAGCCAUUCGAAUGUUCACGAACUGGAAUUCUUCCUGUCAGCUAAAAUGGGACAGCAACCAUUAUUCACACUAAUGAGUAGGUGCCUGCCAGUUUUAUUUAGUGGUAGAGAUUGGUAUAGACUCAUGACUAACCUAAGUUGAUAUAAAAUUGUAAAUAAGGUAUGUGGAUAGGGUUAACAGUUGGCUAUGGGGAGUCUAAAGUUGAUGCUUUCUAAUAUUUUGGUUUUUGGAUUCUGUUCUUUGAAUUUCUACUGUCAGAGAAGGCUUUUAGAAAAAUCUAGACUAGGAAUCAGCAAAUACAAGUUCUUGUUAGGUAUUCCCCAGUGUGGGCUAUGAGCAAGUCGUGUGGUCCACCCUGCCUCUUUAUUUUGUAAUCUGAAUGGGGGCGUGCUUACCAGAAAGCAAACAACAACACACCCAUUCCGCCCCUGCCUGUUUAAAACUUGAUUCUAGAGCCCCUCUCAUGUUGUGCGCAUGUUCUUUCAGUGUUCCACCGAGCCAGCUCUUCCCUGAAGCCCUCCAUUUUCCAAUCUGGAGUCUAGGUUUCUUCCUCCGGAGGGCCCCACCAGCCCAUAGCACUUAGGAAUUAUUUUGUGGACCUCAGUGGUUGCAUGUUGCCUUCCUUUGUAGAUUGAAAGCUCCACAAGGGUCAGGGUUAUGCUCUUAUCCCUGUAGAUCUGUUUUUCACAUGGGCGCCCCUGCCCUGUGAUAGUGGACCUAACAUAAAUUUUGGUUGAAUGAUUAUUGAGGCAGUUGGGAAAGAAUACUUUGAAUAUUGGGAAAUGCCUUUUAACUCACUCCAUCGUUGAUUUGUUGUUAUCAGUAAGGGAAUCUACAAAUAGGUAAAGCUCAUUUCUUCCAUUUACAUCAGAUGAUGUUUGUGGAGUAAGUCAGAGGAAUGAAAAGGUAUCACUACAGCUCUUUUUACAUUUGUUCCAUCUCACCAUAGUACACAGAGGCCUGUCCAUCUGCACCCAGCUGCUGAGAGGAAAGGAUGACAGCUGACUCUGUUUUCUCGGAGUUUUCCUGGCUCCUGGGCUCCUGAAGACGCAGUGCUGGAGCAGAUGGAUAAUGGAGACUGGGGCUAUAUGAUGACUGACCCAGUCACGUUAAAUGUAGGUGGACACUUGUAUACAACGUCUCUCACCACGUUGACACGCUACCCGGAUUCCAUGCUUGGAGCUAUGUUUGGGGGGGACUUCCCCACAGCCCGAGACCCUCAAGGCAAUUACUUCAUUGACCGAGACGGACCUCUUUUCCGCUAUGUCCUCAACUUCUUACGGACUUCAGAAUUGACCCUCCCCCUGGAUUUUAAGGAAUUCGAUCUGCUUCGGAAAGAAGCUGAUUUUUACCAGAUUGAACCCUUGAUUCAGUGUCUCAAUGACCCUAAGCCUUUGUAUCCCAUGGAUACUUUUGAAGAAGUUGUAGAGCUGUCCAGUACCCGGAAGCUUUCUAAAUAUUCCAAUCCUGUGGCUGUCAUCAUAACUCAGUUAACCAUCACCACCAAGGUCCAUUCCUUACUGGAGGGCAUCUCAAAUUAUUUCACCAAGUGGAAUAAGCACAUGAUGGACACCAGAGACUGCCAGGUCUCCUUCACCUUUGGACCAUGCGACUAUCACCAGGAAGUGUCUCUCCGGGUCCACCUGAUGGAAUACAUCACAAAGCAAGGCUUCACGAUCCGCAAUACUCGGGUGCAUCACAUGAGCGAGCGGGCCAACGAGAACACAGUGGAGCACAACUGGACUUUCUGUAGACUGGCCCGGAAGACGGACGACUGAUGGCUCGCCCUCAGAGAACUUCCGCAAACUCACAUGGGACAUGGAAGAGACGGUUGCUGUUUUUCAAGUCAUAGUGUGGGCCCUCUUUUUUUUUUUUUUAAAUUAAUAUUUGUAUUUAUUUGAAGGCAUUGAGGACCAGAAGGAAGUUUUGUGUGUGAGCAGUCUCAGCCCUGUUUUGUUCCCAAGUAUGCAUGUGCCUGUUCAGAGUCUCCAGAAACCUUUUCUAUAAAAAGAGAUCUGAAAAUCAUUAUGGUAUAUAAUCUGCCCUUAACAGUGCUAAAAUGAUUUCUGAUAACGUGGUCCCUAACUCAGCUGGAAGGCUAAAGAAACGUAAAUGGAAGAUUAAACAGAGUGUUCAUGAUGUCUUUGAGAAAAAUCAGAAUGUCAUGUAGGGUGACCUAGUUUCCAGACCAGUAGGCAGUAUUGUAGUACUAAAGGAAAGCCGGCCAGUCAUCUAAAGGUACUUGGUAAGGACUGCUUUCUACAGUUUUGACAACUGUUUCUUUCUAUGCAUAUAAAUCAAGCAACCAAAUAUCUGUAGCCAUGGAAAUGUCUGACUAGAAAUAUUUAUAUUGGAUUCUCAAUACAAAAUGUCCCUGUGGUAGAAACCUCAUGCCUGGUACAGAUUCAUUCUCAAGUGUACUGUCUACCAGGAAAGAAAAAUCUAAUAAAAAAUGGAAUAUGAACAUUAA